AUGGUCGCAGCCGCCGUCGAGGUCGAGGCUAACACCGCCAUUGAGCCACAGAUCAACAUCGGGGGCGCGAACGGUCACAGCAAGCCACACGAGGAAUACCAAUAUCUGAACCUCAUCCGGGACAUCCUCCAGUCUGGGGAACAUCGUCCUGAUCGCACAGGCACGGGCACGUUAUCCAUCCCGUUCCCGCCCCAACAUCGCUACACUCUCUCCAAAACGGACGGCACUCUGGUGCUUCCACUUCUGACAACAAAGCGUGUCUUCCUGCGAGCAGUCUUGGCCGAGCUGCUCUGGUUCAUUGCAGCAGACACCAAUGCGAAGACCCUACAAGAUCAGAAUGUGCACAUCUGGGACGGGAAUGGGUCCCGCGAAUACCUGGACAGCGUUGGCCUCUCACACCGUGAAGUAGGAGAUCUUGGGCCAGUUUACGGCUUUCAGUGGAGACACUUCGGAGCAGAAUAUAAGGACUGCCAUACGGACUAUACUGGGCAGGGCGUGGAUCAACUGGCGGAAGUCAUUCACAAACUGAAGACAAAUCCGUAUGACAGGAGGAUCAUCAUGUCCGCAUGGAAUCCUGCAGACAUGAAGAAGAUGGCUCUACCGCCAUGCCACAUGUUCGCCCAGUUCUAUGUCUCGUUCCCUCAAAAUGCUGAAACGCGGGAGGAUGGCAGUAAAAGAGGCGUUCUGCAUACGCUGCUGUAUCAGCGAAGCAAUGAUAUGGGCCUAGGCGUUCCAUUCAACAUUGCUUCUUAUGCUUUGCUCACGCACAUGAUCGCAAGAGCUACAGAUUUGGUGCCUGGCAGUCUAACGCACACCAUGGGAGAUGCACAUGUCUAUCUGGAUCACAAGGAAGCCCUCGAAGUUCAACUACAGCGAGAGCCAAAAGACUUUCCCACUCUGGAGAUCUGCAGGGAGGCGGGCUGCAGCAUUGAUGGGUGGAAGCCAGAAGAUAUCAAAGUGAUUGGGUAUGAACCGCACAAGUCGAUUGCAAUGAAGAUGAGUGUAUAGGUGUGCGCCCUGGGAGCUUGUACCGAAGAGGGGGCUUCUGGUGGAGCCGCGGCAAUCGAAAUGGAAUACAGAAGGCUUAGGAGCCUUCUCAGCCCUGUUCAACCCCUGUCAAGCCCUUGCUGUCUCGGAGGGAAACCAAAUGUGAAGCGUUGAAGCCUCGCGACGAAAGCAUACGAUCUUGCAUCAUCGAUGGGGUAAAAUUUCAGUUGCCUUGGUGCACAGAACCCUCACAUCGACAAAUAGGCGCCACAAGGCCUUCUCAGAGAAGAUCUUUCAGUGGACCCAGUAAUUCGCGCCUAAUGCAGGGUUCAUGCGCCGCAAUGGCAGAGGGACGCAGAAAGACGAGAACUCUUGUUGACGGAAUGGUCGUACUGGCGAGAGCCAUCAUUACGACAUCCUAAGGCCAAGAUUUCGCUAGACACAAUUGGUGUUCGACUACACGAUGUUUCCUGCUUGGGCCGAUGACAAACAUAUUUACUGGGCUAGAUGCAGUGAAUGCAGGAUUAUUAACCAAAUAAUGUCUGCCAUGAGUCUCCUUCAUGACGACCUCGUCGAGAAACCGAGAGAAGAAGACCACAUGUUCAAGCCUCGUAAACCGAACCCUAAUCAGUGGAAGAUCUUGCAAAGCCCCCGUAGAGAUUGCCGUGGUAGACGCAAAAUGACACAUGACUUUCAUGACUCUGAGGAAGAGUAAGAUCGACUCGAGGAGGAUUAUGUGAGUAAUAUGGCAGAUGCUCGUCUCGCUGCUAGGGCAUUGCAGAAUUUGAGACAUAGUUGGAACGAGGGAUGGAUUUGAGGUUGUGUUCCAGGGCUGAUCAAGAUGUACAUAUUUUUCGUGCUUCUCGAGCAUCAGAUCUUGACGAAUGUGGCUAUUCGGGGGUUAUUGGUAUGCUCUCUUGCGUAUUGAAAAGGGUUGAUAUAGGAGAGGGGACUAGAUAUAUUCACAUUCGUUAUGGCAAAAACAAGGAAUUCAAC